CGCCCUACGGAGCAGUGGAGCAUUGUGGGAUUGCACGGGUAUUGACACGGCAACGAGACGAGACGAGACGCUUUGGUGUGAUUAGAAAUCCGUUAUUUAGUUUCUUCAGCUGUUCGGAACAGGGCCAUUAGGCUUGAACAGGAAGCGAUGAACGGAUCAGUGGCUAAAAAGACGCAGGAAACUCUGGGGAAAGUGAUAAAGAAACCUCCUCUGACUGAGAAACUGCUCAGCAAGCCACCUUUUCGCUAUCUGCACGACAUAGUGAGCGAGGUGAUUCGCACCACAGGCUUCAUGAAGGGCCUUUACGGAGAAGCAGAGAUGAAGUCGGACAAUGUCAAGGAUAAAGACUCAAAGAUAGCAUUCCUCCAGAAGGCCAUAGACGUUGUGAUGCUGGUGAGCGGGGAACCCGUGGCUGCUAAGCCUGCACGGAUAGUGGCCGGCCACGAACCCGAGAAAACCAACGAGCUGCUCCAGACCAUCGCCAAGUGCUGCCUCAACAAGCUGUCCAGUGAUGAGGCUGUAAGGCAUGUCCUGGCUGGAGACAAAGUGGACCUAAAGGGGAAAGCCAGCACCUCCAGGUCCCAGGGCAAGGAGAACAGAGAAGAGAAGAUUAAAGAGAGCAGUGUGAACACUGAGCAGAAAGACCCAGACCAGCCCAAGGACCAGGAGAGCAGGAGGAGGAGCGAGAAGGAGCGACACAGAGAUGGCGAGAGGACUGAGAAAGCCCGGGAGAGAGACAGGACAAAGGACAGAGAUCGGGAUAAAGACAAAAGUCGUGAUAGGGAUAAAGAAAAAGUCAGAGAUCGGGACAGAGAUAAAGAGAAAGACCAAGAUAGAGACAACGAGAAGGACCGAGAUAGAGAAAGGGACCAAGAGAAAGAGAAGCCCCGGGACAGAGACAGGGAUAGGACCAAGGACAGAGAACGAGAGAAGAACAGGGAGCGAGAUUCACACAAAGACAGAGAACGAGUGCGGGACAAAGACAGAGAUCAUGAGCGGGACAAGAGAAGAGACCGAGACAAAGAGCGGGAACGAGAGAGAGCGCGAGAGCUUCAGAAGGAGACUGAAGAAAAGAAAAAGGACAAAGCAGAGAAAAAGACCCGAGCUGCAGAGGAAGUGAACAAGCAAAAACCUCACCCGGAGGAGCUGAACAGGAAUCACAAAGCUGAGUCAGGGGAGACUGAAAGGGAUGACCUAGACGAGGUGCCUGAGGCUAACGACGAUGAGCCAUCAGAGGCUUCUCCACACCAGCCGGACAGUCCUGCCAGAAUACCCAGGCCCUCUUCUGCCAAGGGACAGAGACGCCGGCCUAAAUCAGGAGCGCCAGACGAAUCAGAUAGUGAUGGAGCAGGCGACAACGCUACAGUGGAUAAACCGGUUCAUCUUGAAAAUGGAGAUGCAUCAGAUGCUUUGGCACAGCAUACAUCCCACAGCAGCAGCAGCAGGAGGAUAGCGCGGCCCAGUAGUGCGAGACCAGCCCCGCCCCGAGUGAGGAGGCAGGAGAGCUACACCGACGCAGGCCCAGUGGAGAGAUUGGCCAGUGCCAAACCUCCCUCUGCAGUCAUCAUGGAUGGCAAAAAGCACUCCGAGGAUGAGGAUGAUGAAGAUGGGCAGUUUGUGGUGGAGGAGGCAGGUCCACUUCCCCUUGACAUGCCUGAGCUGGAGAUGGGGCCAUCAAUUGAAUUACAAGGUGAUGAGAAACAUGGUGGGCUUGUGAAGAAAAUCCUGGAAACUAAGAAGGAUUAUGAAUCAUCACCCUCAGCUCUAAAGUCAAAAGACCAGGAUCGGACACCGGUGUUGGAGGCGGCUCGUAAGAAGGAGCGAGAGUUUGUGGUCAGAGAGAUCGAGCGCCUGCGAACGUCCGUCCAGAGUGUGUGUCGCAGCGCUCUGCCGUUAGGCAAGAUCAUGGACUACAUCCAGGAGGACAUGGACUCCAUGCAGAACGAGCUGCAGAGCUGGAGACGUGAGAACAGAGAACACGCAGAGGCCCUGCUACAGGAACAGAGAAUCACCGACAGCGCUGUGAAGCCUCUGAAGGCUGAACUGUCUGAACUGGAGCAGCUCAUCAUGGAACAGCAGGACAAGAUCUGUGCCAUCAAGUCCAACAUCCUCCAGAACGAGGAAAAGAUUCGCAAGAUGGUGUCCAGCAUCAACGUCUCGCAAACGUGAACGAAGCAAUAAAAUAAAGCGUCCUGCACACUGUACACACAGGAGAGCGGUUUUACCUGCUCUCUCAUGGUGGGUCUGGGUGUGUGUUUAGCACUUUGCAAGGGUGUUGGAUGAAAACUGGAGGAAAGUGGUACAAAUCGGGUCACCCUGUUCAUCUCCACGACGGUUAAAGGUGCCUUCUGUCAAUACCUGAAUCUGUUCUGGGAAAAACAAAACAAACAAAAAAAGAAAAAACACUCCUGCACUGUGUUAAUCCCUUCACAUAGAUUUGCACACAUGGUUUGAUUGAAAAAUAGAUGUUUGGUCACAGUGAUAUUGAUGUGGUAUAAUGUCCAAUUUUCCUCAGAUUUGUCUGUACAAAAAAAAAAAAAAAAAAGAAUUCAUUUACAUUAACUGCUUGUUUUUUGGAGAUACAUAAGUGUCUUUUUCAGACUUAUGUUUAUUUAUAGUAUGAGAGAGACCUUCCUGGCAAUAUCUAAAACUUAUUAUUGCUUUUCAGGUGUACUGUAUCACGCUAUCUUUCCAAAGCUUGUCUAAAGCAAUAGCAGCGUAAUUUCUGGACAGAUCUUACCCCUUGUUUUAAGUCCAAACCAGACCAUUCCCAGCUUCCUGUUUUCAUUUCCAUUUUAAUAUUUGUUAUCCCCCUACUCUGUCUGGAAAACCAGCACAUAAUGUUAGCAGUUGAAAGUUAUGCAUGCCAAAAGCACUAGUCAAGCACCACUGCACUUUGAUCAGAAAGACUGUGACUGAAUACGUCUGUGUGAGCAGAAACCUGUCGAGCUACAGUACGAAGACCUUUUAAAAAUAAUCUCUCGUUCUGUUUUAAGGGUUAAGAUGCCUGUAUUUUUACCUCUACCUUACAUAUUCUGGCUGUAGGUUGAUAAGAAAAGGACAUAUUGGGUUCAUGGCACGAUUUAAGAGCAAAAUUGAUCCAGUCAUACGCAAACAUUUUCGAAAAUGACUCUUUUGUGCGGAGGUCCAAACUUAAAAAAAAAACAAAAAAAACGUGGGAGCAGAAACAUUUCUAAAUUACUUUCAACCUAGG